AUGGCUCUCGCCGCCUAUUCGCUUCGCUCUCUCACGGUCACUUACAACUCCCGCAACAGAUCCUCCAUGAACGCAACCAUCGAGAACCUGAAAAACACUCUUCUUUGGAUGUCUCCUUCUUCUUCUCCUUCUCCUUCUUCUCCCCCUUGGCCUGUGCCGCGUCGCAUUGGACGCCGUCAGUGGCGCGUCACGUAUUUGAAGUCUCCGUUCAAGUACAAAUACGCGCUGCGGCACUACGUGUUCGAAGACCAUCGCUACGCCUUCUCAUUCUACGACGUGGGAAAUGUCCAGGAAGUCGUGAGCGCCUCCCUCGGCGCCAUGACUGCCGAAACGAACUGUUCCUGUCGGUUUUCUUGGCACUUCCCAGGAAGGCCGCAAGUCUCUCUUCCGACGCCGCCCCGUCUCCUCCCUUCUUCUCGCGCGUCUGCUCUUUCUGCUGUCUCUUCUUCUCUUCCUUCCUCUUCGGCAGACGACGCGGGAAGCGCGUCAGGUGCCUGUGGCGGAGCGAGGACGAGUCAGGAGGCGAACGCGUUCUCGCCCGCGCCGCUUCGCGGUCACUGCCCAACAAACGAGGAAUUUAUUCGAAAGGCGCUGGAGGAGGAGCAAGCCGUCGAACGCAUUCGGAAGAAACUCGACAAGAAAAAACUACUCUGGUUUCCUGGGAAAACGCCUUGGGCUCCUAAAUAA